AACUGGCCCGCCUGGCCCAUUUCUUGCUUCCCAUUCCACGACAUCAAUAUAUACAUUUGGCGAAACCCUAACAACACUCGAGCACACAUUUCUCAAACACUCGCUACCGAAACAUGGUGAACACCAGAAGAAGCAAAAUCAGGAAAUCCCAAAACCAAAACACCCCUACAACCAGUGGUGGAGAAUUCCGAUCAGAAAUCGUCUCAAUCUGGAUCAUUGAUUGGGUCCAACGAUGACCUUUUAACCGAGAUUCUUCUCCGCCUCCCUGUUACCUCCAUCCUUCGCUUCAAAUCUGUUUCUAAACACUGGCGUUUGCUUUUGAGCGACAGACAUUUCACCCGAAGGUAUGAUAUUCAUAACCUUUCAAAAUCUCCUGGUCUCUUUGCUGGCGAUAUAUAUGUUCCAUAUGAUGUUCAAAACCCAAGCGCUCCCCCUUUUCGUACUCUCGAUUUCUACCCUGAUCCUCUUGGUAUCACAAUUGUGCAAUCUUGUAAUGGAUUACUCCUUUGCAGUAGCGGGCAUAGAUGCUCGUAAGUAUUAUGUGUUUAAUCCCACCACCAAGCAAUUUGCAGUCAUCCCAUCUCUCCCUGGAGGUCUGAAAGUUCGUCGAUCUAUUCUGCAUAUGGGUCUGGCAUUUCACCCGACAGAUUGUGUUCACUACAAACUUGUUUGUACUCGUCUCGUUAAGCCGGCUAAGGAUUUGCUUCAGGUUCAAAUCUACUCUUCUGAUACAGGGAAAUGGAAGAUUUGUCCUGUAACCUUCCAUUCUAGUUGGCUUUUCUUCCAACAACAGGGAGUUUACUGGAAUGGAGCUUUUUAUUUGGUUCCCUCUUAUGACAAUCACUUGCACUUUAAAAUCGAGGCUCAACAGUGGCACACGUUUCCCUUGCCGGUGGAGAUGACGUCUUUGGAAUGGUCGACAUUGUACUUUGGGGAAUCUAGAGGUCAUUUACACUUGAUAGUAUGCAAGAAUUUUCUCGAUUAUAAUACUUUGCACUUGAAUGUGUAUGAGAUGUUGAGCGAUCAUUCCGGGUGGUUUGUCAAGUAUCAACUACAACUCCCUGAGCUUUGGGCUACUUUUCCGGAGAUGACACUCUACCGUUAUGUUUUUAAAGUCGUUGAUGUAGUCAGAGGUGAAAAAGAAGAAGAUACAUUCAUGGUGCUGCAAAUACCCCGGAAAUUCAUAAGGUAUAAUGUUCACGACAAGAGUUUUAAGCAGAUAUACGAUAUCACCACCCGCUACUCCUACGUGAUUGAGCAUCGUUAUACCGCGACUUUGGCUUAUUUCUAAAAGACAAGUCUAUGUAUCUGUAUGUUUUUCUUUAUUAAAGUGUGGCUUAAUUGGAUCCUGUUAGUUUGUGUCUGUGCAUGUAUGUAUUGCAAAGGCAUUAUGGAUCGAAUAUUAGAACAGGUUAUCUGACUAUUUUGCACUCUUUAAAUUUUUCUAUAAUUUUAUAUCUAAA